GUUUUUCGUAGGUUAUAUUCCGAAGUUUCUGUGCGACUGCGGUUCAAGAUUGUGCAUAUUGUGUGUUUUUAGAUGAAAAUUAUGCUAUACCAGGACAUAUUAAUUACAGUCUAUAAACUUAGAGCAUGAGUGAGGAUACAGAUUACAGCUCUGAGAUUGAAAGCAGUAAGUCAAGGCGAUUAAAAAACAACGCUGUAAAAAUGUCGUCUAAAACUGUUGGUAUAAAACUAGACAAAAAUAAUUUAACAGAACAAAAAAUCAAUUUACACAAUACCAGUACUGAAGAAAUCAAUAGUAGUUUCUUAAAUAGCCAAGUUAUUUUCAAUUUUGAUGGAACUGUGAACAUAAAACAAGAAGAAGGCUGUUCAUCAGAAGAAAGAUUGACUAGUGAAGGUACACAUAGUAAUUCCUUUCAUUGUAAUGAAAUACAAACUCAUAACUCAACACACGAUACUUCAUCACAAAUCCAUGUGACUGGUAACUCUUAUCAGUUAAAAGGAAAUCAAGAAUCUGCUGGUGCUAAAAUUUUUGAACAAAUGAAAAUUGCAAUGAACAUUUCAUUGUCUCCUGUUAAAAGUGAAACAUUUAGUUUGACUGAUACACAUUCUUUGGACAGUGGUAUUUCACCUGUUAAGAAGAAUAACAGAAGAAAACUAUCACUAACAAAGAAUUUGCAAUCAAAUAGAGAUGAUUAUUUGAAAAACACAAAACUGGAAAAUAGUAAUAAGAAUGAAGAAAAAAAUUGGAAAAAAUCAAACAAGCUGAAAAAUUUACAAUCUCAAGAUUUGUUCUCAAGUUCCCAAGUUGAAACGGAAUAUGGAAGUGUAAAUGAUGAGAAUGAAACCAUUGAAUCACCAGAUAUAGAAAUAAAUUGUUACCAGAAACCUGUUGAAACAAGUGUUACAAAGAAUCAAAAUUCUUACAAUACACAAAAUACACCUGAACAAACUGACAUAACUAAUAUUGAAAAUAUUGAUGAAGCUGAUGAAGAUCUCUUAAUAACAAGCUAUCAAAAACCCAAAAUGAAAAAGAAGAAAAAGAAAAGCAAACAUGAAAAAGAAAAGGAUAUAUCAGUAGAAAAUAUUUUAAAUACAUUAAAACAACGAAUUAAUUUGAGUGAAGUUAAUGACUCCAUAACUGUUUCUGAAGAAGAUGUAGAAAUUACAGGAUUUGAAAUAAGAAAAAAGAAGAAAAAGAAAAAGAAGACUUCUAAAGAUGAAACAGUUGACGUUCGUAAAAAGAAAAAGUUGAAAAAGAAAAAAAAAUAUCUUGAAUACAAUGACAAUUCAAAAGGGGAUGUAGUGGUUGUAGAGGAAAACAAUCAAAAGAAAAAAAUUAAAAAUAAGUCUGUUGAUAUUAUAGAUAUAUCCAAUAAUAAUGCUUCAGAAAUAGAUCAGAAGUCAAAGAAGAAAAGAAAAUUUCUUGAAAAUAUUGAUUUAAAGGAAGUUGUGGAAGUUGUAGAUGAAAACCUCCCAAAGAAAAAAAAGAAAAAGAAAUUAGUUGAUAAUGAUGUGGAAUUACAUCUAAACAAGUCAGAGAAGAAAGAUACAAUGCUUGCAUAUGACCACUUAAAAAAGAAAAACAAGGCUGAUAAUAGCAUACAAUUAAAUCUAAACAACUUGAAUGAGAAAAAUAAAUUACAUAUAAAUGAUUCAAUAGAAAAUGAGGGUGGUUUAAAUGAAGUUACUUUGAAGAAGAAAAAGAAGUCUAAAAAGGAAAAACAUCUUGAAAAUGAAACAUUAAAAGAGGUCGUAGAUAUUACAAAUGAAAACAAUGGAGACACUGCAACAGAUAAAGCCCUUGAUAAACUUCUUCAGAAUAUUCCAGAAGUAAAUGUUACAAUUGAAGAAAGUAAAGAUAAUGCUAAUCUAAUUGCUGUUUCAAAGAAAUCAAAAAAGAAAUCAUCUAAAAAGUCAUGUGACAUUUCAGAUCCAGAUUUACAAUUGAAAGAAUUUUUACCAAAACGCAAGGAUACAGUUACAGAUACUUUACAAACAUCAAAGGACCAAUGUUUAAAUAAAAAUGAUAAUUCAUUACAGAAUUAUUCAGCCCUUGAUAAACUUCCUCAGAAUAUUCCAGAAGUAAAUGUUGAAAUUGAAGAAAGUAAAGAUAAUGUUAAUCCAAUUGCUGUUUCAAAGAAAUCAAAAAAGAAAUCAUCUAAAAAGUCAUGUGACAUUUCAGAUCCAGAUUUACAAUUGAAAGAAUUUUUACCAAAACGCAAGGAUACAGUUACAGAUACUUUACAAACAUCAAAGGACCAAUGUUUAAAUAAAAAUGAUAAUUCAUUACAAAAUUAUUUAGAUGAAGAGAAAGAUGCAGAUGAUGUGGAACUAUCUUUGAUGGAUUUGAUUGAUGUUACUGAGGAGGAAAAGAACCAUCUGAGAUCACUGACAAUACUGCAACCAAAUAUUGUACCACCAUUACAUGAAAUUACUCUAAACAGUGCUAAACUAACUCCAGAAAUAAAAGAUCAAAUAAAAGCAUUCAAUUUGAAAGUUAAACUUGGUCCUUAUACAAAAACAGAGGAUGAUCAAAUUAAACAAAACUGGACAAAUUUUUGUGAGUUGCAUGGUAUAGACCUUAAUCCAGGCCCAUUUCUAAAAUUAAAGUCAUUGAAAUUUUCGCGAAAACAAAUUAGAGGGUUCCUACAAAGUUUAGGUCAGGGAUUAGAUAACAGGCCAUUAAAUAGUAUAUAUAUGAGAUUCAAGCGUAUGUUUAUUAAAGCUGUCAUCAAAAGUGGACAAUUCACAAAAGACGAGGACAAUGAAAUAUUGAAUCACAUAGAAAAUGGUACAUCCAGAACCCCGUAUCACGAUCUCUCCAAGCGGUUAAAUAGGGAGAGAUUAUCAAUUGAAAAAAGAUAUAAAUAUCUCACCACUCACCGACCACCAAAAGAGAACAUUCGUGUGGUAUGGGAUUCUACAAUGGAAUUGGCAUUGGUCAAUAGAAUGCUUAAAGUCAUUGGUUCCAAAGAUAUCAAUGAUUUAAGAGAUAGAAAAUUAACGGGCGAAGAGUGGAAAAGAGUUGCAAAGAAACUAAAUUUUGGAUCUGACUUGAGGCUCAAAAGAAAAUGGGCCACCAUAUACACACAAAUCUUUAUGACAAAUAAAGUUACCUCAUACAGUGAAGUAAAAAAACAAAUAGUACAUAGAUUACAAAAGAAAAAGGUGGCAGACUGGAGAGAAGUUAAAUGGAAUGAAAUAGCAAAAAAAUUUGAGGGUUUCACUGCUGACAAAAUAUAUUCCAUAUUUAAAAAUCUGGUUUAUAAUCAUGUGCCACCUCAGUUUCAAAAUAAUAUAGAAGAUUGUUUAAAUUAUCUGGACGAUUUUUAUAUUAAAAAUGGAAGGGAGUUUCCUUCUCAUUCACAUGAUACAUCAUCAGUUCUUGACACAUCAGUUGGUCAUCAAGUCUUCAGCUAAAAACUGUUUAAAUGAAACAAAAUAUUAUGUAUUCUUUGAUUUUAUUAUUUUAGCACAUGAUCUACAAAUUAAUAAAAAAAUAGACUUA